CACGAAAUAACACUGGAAAUCCCAGUCAGUCGGGUUGGAAGUUCCCUAUGCGUCACUGCACCGAGUGUCAUUAGUUAUUAUAACAUUUGCGCCUUAACAUGUCUUCCAAAAAGCGCAAGAAGAAAAGUGGCGAUGAUUGUUUUGAAAAAUGUAAGGCGAAAAGAAGACGGGCAAACAAUUGGAGCUACCAAGAUUUUGAUUAUGUCACCAUAGCGAAACGAGCAGAAAACACUCGUGGGCUGUCCGAGAGACUCGAUCGAGCACUAGACCUCACAGGCUACAGUCCAGAAAUAGUAAAGAUGAGGAGAGACUUUCAACAUUGCCAAGACCAGAAAAUGAAUACUCAAAAUUCUGAGUUUGAAAUAUUGACUGUAGGAAGCAAAGGAGAUGGAGUCUCGUGCCUCAGUGAAAGUGACACUGACUUGUUGAUGGUGGCUAAGAAAAUGAUUGCAUGUUUCCCAGACAAAAGAAAAUACUAUUUCGGACAAACACGGUGCGUGCUGUUAUAUCGAGACAAUUGUCAACCAGGAUAUUUGAAAGUAAAACGGCCACGGUGGAAUGUGUCGAAAGAUAAGGAUUUGUUAAAUGCGGAUGGUUGUAUUUCCAGUAGAAAGACUAAAUAUCUUCUCUAUUAUAUAUUAAGCAUGUUUAAUGAGGAGGGAGCUACAACUGAAGGUGUUUCGGGGCCAGCAGUCACAAUGAAUAUUUUUGAUUCGGCGAUUGAUUUUGUUCUUGGUUUUCCCCACACGAACGCUAGAAUACUUUUAACGAAGUGGAAUCAGAGGCAUAGAAAGUAUGAAUGGCCAGACAAAAUAUUGAGAAAAAAGGUGAUGGAAAACCAUGUCUGUAUUCUUCCGGUCGGCUGGAAAGAUAGGUUUCGAAACGAAACUGAUGCUUGGCAUUUCAGUUUUGUUAAGGGUGAAAAAGAAUUGUUUCGAAGUCUCAAGCCAGCAGAAUAUAAGCUUUAUGUAUUGCUGAAAAGAUUUAACACCCAGUAUUUGAAGCCUCUAUGCGAUUCCGUAUCCUCAUACAUGAUGAAGAAUAUUGUGUUUUGGUUAGUGGAAGUCACACCAAGGGGCAGCAUAAACAACGGCACAUUGUUAGAGUAUUUCCUCGAGGCUCUGACAAUUUUGAGAAAACACAUCUUGGAUGGAAGUUUAAAGCACUUCAUGAAUGAAGACAGGAAUUUAAUGCUGAACAAGUGGAGUUCAAAAAUGGCUACUGUGUUGAUUACAAAGAUCGAUUUUCAGAAAAUGCCAAGUAUUGUGUUUAAUCUUUCCAAAAUUGGCCCAGCUCUUAAGUCUAUUGAAUCUUUACCAAGACGCCAAAUAGAGCUGAUUAUGAGACAAAGACAACGAAUUGAAUACCUAGCUUUUCAGGUAGCAACGGAAAGGGAACCAAUUUUGGAACAACGUAGUUUUCAAGCUAUGUUAGCAAGUAUCAUCGAUGAUCAUCAGAUACGGCAGAUGAUGUAUAGUAUGUUUCGGACAUGUUGGCCGGAGUGGCUUGCCUACGUAGAAGGAGUUUAUGACGAAGACAUCACUAGUGAUGUUGCAGAAUCUAAAGCUCUCCAAGAAAAGCGUUUUCCUCCGAAGAUGCUGAAAGACCUUUCUGAAGUUCUUGUAGGUCACAUCAUAAAAGAUCAUUGUUUGUCAGGUGAUCUUUUGCAUGACGAACACGUUAAACAGCGUGUUUUGGAUGUUUCUGAUGUGUUAUACAUAAGAAUGGACCGUCUUUCCACAUAGAACUACAUGUACAUGUAAUUUGGUCGAGGUUAAUGGCUGUUUUACACCGGGCAUCAGAAUACCAUUAGAUGUACCAUAUUAUUGAAUUGUAGUUUAAUCAAACGUCAUUGACGCAGAUAUCAUUAUGUGCCCAUACAUGCAUGUUUUCGGAGAUCCAAUUGCUUAAUCAGUUACUGAAUUUGUAUACAUUAUCAUUUAUAAUCUGAAAUACAUGCUGUUCGAAUAGUAUGACACGAUGAGAGUUCGUAAAUUAUAUUGAAACACCACACUCGGCUGAUAAAUCAUGACUAGCUAAACUGGUUCAGCGGUCAAAAUGUAUGAACAUAAAAAUAUUGUUAUCUAAAUAAUCACGCAUUAUUUUUUUGAUUUGACGGUAUCAAAUGUUAUAAGUCGUUCGACCGUGUAUUUCUCCUAUGACUUAAACCUUAGACCUACAUAUUAAGACAAUACCAUAAACCAAAACGUUGGACCAUGUUCCGUCGAAAUAUCAGUGGCACGACUGGAGUAGUUUCCCAGUCAGCAAAAUCGUAUGUAUCCGUUUUUGGUUACAACAUUAUAAUUAAUAUGCAUCGGAUAUAUAUUGACAUCGCUAUGUGAUUAGCCCGAUUUUCUAGUAUAAGCUCAUUGAAAUAUAGGUCGGGCGACACUGUGAACGGAGGACUAGCCCGUUUUCUAGUAGUAGCUAGUUCUUUCUUAGGUCGAGCGACAGUGUGGACAGAGGACUCGCCCGAUUUUCAAGCUGUAGGUAGCGUUUACGUAAGUCAGGAGGCUUUGUCAACUUAGGACUCGCCCGAUUUUCUAGUAGUAGCUAUUUCUUUCUUAGGUCCGGUGGCAGUGUGGACGGAAUACUAGCCCGAGUUUCUAGUAGUAGCGAGCUCUUAUAUAGGUCGGGCGGCAAUGUGGACGGAGGCUUCGUCCGAUUUUCUAGUAGUAGCGAGCGAGUAGAAGGUUGUUCUUACAUAGGUCGGUCGACACUUUGGACCGAGGACGGACACGAUUUUCUACUAUUAUUUAGUGUUUUUUUACAUAGGACGGGCGACAGUGUGGGCUGAGGACGUGGUCGAUUUUCUAGAAGUAGUUAGUUCUUACAAAGAUCGGGUAGCAUUGUGACUGAUGCUUUGAUGGUGACCAUUAGUGACAAUUUGAAUUAUUUGAAAAAAAGGCGAGCAUGUUUUAAUAGAAUGCAGCAAUUUAUUUCCAAUUAUACAACAAUGUAAAGUUGAUGAAUUUAUAAAAAAAACCUUUAGA